AUGAACUCUCCACCACACUCACUCCCCUGCAUCGAGGGCUUUAAUAACCACCCCUCUCUCUCUCUCACCCUCUCCUACAGCUUUGAGAGGUUUGCUCACUGCUACGAGCCCGUACACAAACUGCAGCCUCAGUUUACACUGGGAGUCCACAAACAACUAGUCGCCCAGCUACAAACCUCCAUCACGGAAGAAAUUAAACAGAUCUCUGAAGACGGACUUUUUGAGCGAGCACUUCCUAAACUCGACCAGUUGGAGAGAGAGUCAGCCAACAGGACGACACAGGCUUGGCGCCCCACGGGCUCCCCGGGCCGGGACCUACAGGCCCACCUGGUGCGCUGCAGCCUGCGUCAGCGGGAGUACCUGCGGCUGAAGCUGCGCCGGGCCAAGGAGGAGAAUGCGGCGCUGGCCGGCGACGUGCUGCACGGGAGGCAGCGCGUGUGCGCCCAGCAGAAACUCAUCCAGGAGCGCAGCGACGCAUGGCAGGAAUGUGAUCGAAUCUGCCAGAAGUACAAGCUGAGCUUGCAGUGAAUGGCCGGGGGGGGGGGUGUCUGGACCUGAUUCACCGCCCGCUCUCCUCUCUACAGCACCCCAGAGAGGGGGAGAGGCGAAGAGAGAGAGGGGGGUACUGGCAUUCACGGCUCCCAACAUUGGUGGAAACUGGCAAUGGCGAAGUUUUCACAUACAAGGAAUUUGCCUCGACGCUCCGCCCGCAAGUGACAACAUGACAUACAGCGACUGUUAGGGAUGACACAUAAAACCGCACGCAUUAAUAAUAAAACAUUGAUUAAACAUCUGAAUGAAAUAAAAUACCAGAGCAAAAGGA